AUGAAAAAUUUAAAAUUAGAAAUAAAAGGAAAUAUAGAUAAAAAUAAUUUUUUUUACUUUGAAAAUAUAGGAAAAAGAGAAUACAUGGAAGACAGAUCAAUAAUAUAUAAAGAUGAUUUUAUAUAAUUUUAUGCUAUUUUAGAUGGCCAUGGAGGGAGCGCAGUUGUAGAUUUUGUUUAAAAUUAUCUUUUUGAUUUUAUAAGAUAACAUAAUUUCAAAAAAUUAUAUCAAUAAUAUUUAAAAUAAAAAAUUAAAAGAUAACAAACUGUAAAUGCGAUGAAAAAUAUUUUCAAAGAAUUGUAAAAAGAAAUAUAUAAAUAAGUGUAAUAAAAAUUUUAAAAUAAAGAUAGUUCUGGUGAUUCUGCAUUAUAUAGAUUUUCAAAAAGUAGAGGAUUGAUUAUGUUAAACAAAUAAGAUGUCAUUGGAGAAAAAUAAGAAUAAAAAAUAAUAAAAAAUGGAGGCUGGGUAUAAGAUAAUAGAGUAUGUGGUAAAUUAUAAAUGGCAAGAUCAAUUGGAGAUUUAGAUGUUUAAAAAUUUAUGGAUUAUAAAUUUACUUCGAUUGUAGAAAAAAAGAAAAAAAAAUAAUAAUUGUUCAUAUUAUGUUCUGAUGGAUUAUCUGAUAUUUUUGAAUAUGAUCAAAAUUUAAAAAAAAAUUGUUGGAAUAAAUUGUGUUAAACUUUAAAUUAAGAAUGUACAGUUAAAUAUUUGACAAAAUUAAUUAAAGAUUAGAUAUAGAAUUAAAUUGAUGAUAAUAUAUCAUUUAUUAUAUUUUUCUGUUGA